AGUGCAACGGUAGCAACAGGCAGAACAGACUGUGCACCCAUUGGGCAGACUUAAGUUGGGAAUUAAGCGUUUCCUUUGGAGUAAAGGGAAUUAGUGAGGAAUCUAUCGUUGGAUCCAUCAGGGAAUGAGCUAUAUUGAUUGGAUAGUUGAAGGGCUGAAAGGAGACGGGACCUAUGGUUGGCUGGCCAACAAGAUUCACUGUAUCCCCUGGGUGACCCCCUUUCCUCUUCAUUAUUGGACUUGUACCAAGAGCAGCAACACCCCCAAUUCCCAUUCCAGAGAAAUCCAAAUAAAAGAACCAUGGAAAUCUUCUCUGUCCUGACUUUGUUCUUCAUCUUCCUGCUCACCCUCCUCUUCCUCUCCUCACUGUGGAGACAACAGAAGAGAUCUCACGUCCUACCCCCGGGCCCAACCCCAAUCCCACUUCUAGGCACCCCAAAUUAUUUAUACCGUGAUGGAAUUCUCAGGUAUUACCCAGAGUUCCACAAGAAAUAUGGCACAAUCUUCACCCUGUGGCAAAUGACGGACCCAGUUGUGGUUCUGUGUGGUUACGACACGGUGAAGGAGGCUCUGAUCAACCACGCGGAGAGGUUCAGUGAUCGCCCCCCGUAUCCGUUACUUGAUAAAUACACGGAAGGAUUCAAUUUUCUAAGUACCAACAAACACUGGCGCCUCUUCCGCAGAUUCAUACUAAUGACACUGAGGAACCUUGGGUUGGGGAAGAGGUCCCUAGAGGAGAAAUGUCUCAAGGAGGCUGAGCUGCUUGUUGAGGCUGUGUCUGAGAUGGGAGCAAAGCCCUUCAACCCAAUCCACAUCCUCAGCUUUGCUGUGUCCAACUUCAUGAGAACGGUCCUGUUCGGCCAGCGUUUGGAUUACAAGGACAAGAAGUUGCUGGAGCUCAUUUCCCACAUAAGGAAGCACUCCGACAAUAUCUUCUCUGCCAAACACCAGAUCUGCAACAUGUUUCCUGUUCUGCUUAAGUUGCCCUACCUGUGGAGGUUACUCUCCAAAAACAGCCUGUACCUGGUGGCCCAUGUGAGGGAGCAGUUGGACUUCCACAAGCAGACUCUGGACACCAGCGCCCCCAGGGACUUUAUUGACCAUUUCCUACUGAAUAUAAAAGAGGAGGAGGGUAAUGCACAUUCCCAGUUCCGCGACACCAGUCUGAUCAUGUUUAUCAGCAGUUUAUUGGCAGCCGGCUCCGACAGCACCACUUCCACUCUCAAGUACUUUCUGGCUGUCAUUGCUCGUCUCCCCGACAUUCAGGCCAAAGUACAAGAAGAGAUUGAUAAGGUUACUGGGUCCCAGCGCCCCCCAGGGAUGAGUGACCGGUCCCACAUGCCCUACACCAAUGCUGUGAUUUAUGAACUACAGAGGCAUUUGGAUCUGGCACCAUCUGGGUUCUAUCGUGUUGUGACUCAGGAUAUAACGUUUCAAGGCUACGUUCUGCCCAAGGGCACCCGGAUCAUCCCGAACCUCUCCUCAGUCCUGUUUGACCCGACCCAGUGGGAGACCCCAGAUGAGUUCAACCCAGGUCAUUUUCUGGAUGAAAAGGGGCAGUUCCGGGCAAAGCCGGCUUUCAUGGCAUUUUCUGCAGGGAAGCGCGAGUGCCUGGGGGUGAGUUUGGCUCGGAUGGUGCUUUUCCUCUUCUUCUCGGCUCUGCUCCAGAAAUUCUCCUUCUCUUCAGUCUCUGGGGCCCAAAUGGACAUGAAAUCUCUCAGGUUAAAUAAGAGAAACAUUAUCAAGUCCUGGGAGAUCCGCGCUGUCCCUCGCUCCUCCCACACCGCCUGAUUGGAUGAAAUCUUAAAGGGUAACCUGAGCAUUAAAUGAAAAAAUGGAAAAAUCCAAUCACAGUAUGAGAUGUGUAUAAUUAUAUGUAACAUCACUACCUACCAUUGUCCUUUUCAUUACAUGGCUGGAAGUCAGGUCUGUCAAUCAGCUGCUACAUUGUUUCCAGAGUCAGAAGCAGCAGUGCAGAGAAUGACAGCAACACUAUGCGCCUUUGUAUCCCUCAUGCACAUGUGCUCCCCUCCCCAUCAGACAUUAUGUACAGGCUCCGUAGCACCCCCAGCCAUGGAGCAGCAUUUAUUAUUGAAGCACCAUUAAUGAAUUCAAUUAAUUAAUCAGUAGGUGAAAAUCAGCAACUUUAACCUGUUGUAUAGAGAGAUUGUUUAUUUUUUAAUAUAGAAAUAUAGUGAAUAAAUGCAGAAUAUAUGAAAUAAAAUACAAUGGAUAAAAAAA